AUGGGGUUGUGUAAGAAUUCGUUUGCCCUAGUUUUUCUCCUGGGCUCUCGACUGUCACAAUCACAAAACUACCAAAACUGGCAACCACGAGCCUACCCAAAAAAUGCCAACCAAGACGAGCAGGUGGGUGUUCCGCCCCUGACGUGGGAUCCCAACGUAGCGGCCCAUGUGCAAAGAUACCCUGAUUCCCGUAUUGGUGACUACAAUCUUGUGCACUCCAGUGGACCUUAUGGCGAAAACAUAGCCAUGAGAAGCCGUGACCUGUCUGUCACGGCAGCCGUGAACAUGUUUGUAUCAAAGAAGUCCAGCUAUCAUUACAACUCUAACUCAUGUGCUCCUGGCAAGGUGUGUGGCCAUUAUACUCAGGUUGUUUGGCGCAACUCAGUUCGUCUAGGGUGUGCAAAAGCAAGGUGCAACAACGGAGGCACCUUCAUUGGGUGCAACUAUGAUCCCCCAGGCAAUUAUAAUGGGCGGAGUCCUCACUAA